CGGCCAAUAGAUGGCGGCAUCAUGCUUUUCAUGUCGAUUUAGCUUCGUCUCAUCUAAAUCAAAGUAUACAAUUAUAAGGUUUAGCAAUGGUUUAGGGUAGAAUCAUAUAAUAGUAGCUACAUACAGCCCAACAUAUAUACAACUUGUGGCUUUAAGUGUAGGCUUAUAAUGGCGUGAAAGCCCGAAACCCAUUAGAACACAUUGGGAAAUUGUAAACGAAUAUAUAUAUAGAGGUUAGUUAUUUUAUUUCAUAUAGUGUGCUUUUAUAAUUGAACACGUUGUGCCUUGUCCUUAAUGGCACCGCAGAGCUCUUUUGCUCAAAUCCUCUGGCCAGACCCGGGCGCGCAACAGCCAUCAUGAGGAAGAUGAGGAAAAGGCAAAGCGCGCACAUUGGCUGCAGUCACAACCACGGGGAUCUCUGCCGUGUUUGUGGACUAUCCACACUUGGGAAUAUAUUGCUUAAAAUGGGACGGUUCCUAAGUGCUGUCUGAAAAUAAAACACAACUAUGCAGAACGAACGACGAAGUAACCAACGCGUGGACCACUGAGACGGGACAGAGAGAAUCCCGCCAAGGGGUGCGAAGUGCCGAUGUGCCAAAUGUUGCCUCGUUCUGGACCACUGGAUGUGUAUCGCUUGAAUGGAUGUUCACUUUGAUUCUUAUGCAUUCUACUAGGCUUCUGCGGACUUGACCGGAUAGUGCCACUGCUAUUCGCUUUUAUGAAUGACCUGAUUGGCAUUGAAUUGGAUUUAUAGCGUACCCCCCUCCUCCCACGCUAAAAAAGACCUAAAGAUAGACUCUGGAUUUAUUGCCUCCUGUUUCCUCUCGCUCAUACCUGUGGAUGCCCAAACGCAAGCAGAGCGCGCAGUCCCUCCAGUGAUGCAGGAGACCUCUGGGAUAGCUAUAUGUGCACAGGGGUACAUGGUGUCUUUCGAAGUACACUGCCAACAUCCUUUACGGUUAGUACAAACUCGACUGUUGAAGCGAAACGAUUUGGAAGGGUUGGAUGGAAACAUUGCUUUUUUUGUGUUCGCAAACGAGCAUUUGACCUCUUCCACCUGGAGUACAGCAGCACGUCGGCUGGAUGCAGGCGCUGCGCUGCUGCUGUGCUUUCCAACGAUCCAUACAUAAGACUUUCCAUGGCGUACUGCUUCCACGAGGAAACGAGGGAACUUUCGACGGCUGUUUUUGAUGUGCACACGACCGUUGUCUCCGUGACCCAGCAGCUGCGAUGAUUUUCCAGAUGAUAUCACGUUCAGCGCCAGGCAAUGUGAAGACAAUACAUGUGGAGUUCGGAUUAUCUUUUACUGGCAACAAAUGCAUAACCACGCAGAAACGCCUCGGGAUCAUCCAAUCCGAUUAAUGCAGCGGGGGAAACAAUCCCUUGAAGUUAUCAAUGAGCUGGCUUAUAAGGUUGACGAUUGACCCCAUGUCUAUUUUCUUAACAAUUUUGCAACCAAAUGAUGUGAAACUUUCACAGACCGGUUUAACAAAAAUGAAAUAAACGAAGCGUAAGGUUUGCAAAGUGACAUGCGGACAGCUGGGGGAACUACUGCCGGAUUUCACGCUAGAAUGUCUGCUGCUGCUGCUGCAGGAAUUAAUGAAAGGGACGGAAUACCGUAGGGAAUACUCAUCAGAGGAGAAAUGGCUGCUACGGUAAGGAAUAUCGAGAUGACCCAGUCUGUGGGAGAGCUGGUGCCGAGACAGCACGCCUCUCCUCCAGCCAGGCUCUCCGUCUAACCCCCAGCCCACCACACACAGCUGCAGCAGAGGGGGAUUGUGAUGGGGUGACUUCCGAGAGCCUCCUGAGUUGCCCCCCCUGUUCUCUGUUUGAAUCGCGGAGUGAGAUAAACGAUGGAUCAUAAUUUCUCAUCCGUGCGAGAUGGCGUGUUGCUAUCCCCCGAGAGAGACUCCCCCAAGCGUGUUUUGACGGGAUGCUUCCUCUUCCUCCUCAUCCUCACCACGUUGCUGGGCAACACACUCGUGUGCGUCGCCGUCACCAAGUUCCGCCACUUGAGGUCAAAGGUCACCAACUUUUUCGUCAUCUCGCUCGCCAUAUCCGACCUCCUGGUGGCCAUCCUCGUCAUGCCGUGGAAAGCGGCCACGGAGAUCGUGGGCUCCUGGCCCUUCGGCGCGUUCUGCAACGUCUGGGUGGCGUUUGACAUCAUGUGCUCCACGGCGUCCAUACUGAACCUGUGCGUCAUCAGCGUGGAUCGCUACUGGGCCAUCUCCAGCCCCUUCCGCUACGAGCGCAAAAUGACUCCUAAGGUGGCGUGUCUGAUGAUCAGCGUGGCGUGGACCCUCUCGGUCCUCAUCUCCUUCAUCCCCGUGCAGCUCAACUGGCACAAGGCCCAGACCACCGGCCACGGCGCCGACCUCAACGCCACCUUCCCGGUGGACCUGCCGCCGGACAACUGCGACUCCAGCCUGAACCGCACCUACGCCAUCUCCUCGUCCCUCAUCAGCUUCUACAUCCCCGUGGCCAUCAUGAUCGUCACCUACACGCGCAUCUACCGCAUCGCGCAGAAGCAGAUCCGCCGCAUCUCGGCCCUGGAGCGGGCGGCCGAGAGCGCCAAGCACCGCCACGGCAGCAUGGGCCACAGCUCCGCCAUGGAGGGCGAGAGCUCCUUCAAGAUGUCCUUCAAGCGGGAGACCAAAGUGCUGAAGACGCUCUCGGUCAUCAUGGGCGUGUUCGUGUGCUGCUGGCUGCCAUUUUUCAUCCUCAACUGCAUGGUGCCCUUCUGCGAGGCGGCGCGGGCCGGCGCCGGCGGCGGCGACGACGACUUCCCCUGCAUCAGCUCCACCACCUUCGACGUGUUCGUGUGGUUCGGCUGGGCCAACUCCUCCAUCAACCCCAUCAUCUACGCCUUCAACGCCGACUUCCGCCGGGCCUUCUCCAUGCUGCUGGGCUGCCACCGGCUGUGUCCGGGCAGCAACGCCAUCGAGAUCGUCAGCAUCAACAACAACGCCGGCGGCGGCGGCGGCGGCGGUCACCCCCCUCUGUCCAGCACCAACUCCCAGUACCAGCCCAAGAGCCACAUCCCCAAGGAGAGCCACCCCUCGGCCAACUACCUGAUCCCCCACAGCAUCCUCUGCCAGGAGGAGGAGCCGGACAAGGAGGGCCGGGGGAUCUGUGGCCCCGGGGGCGGGGAGGGGGAGGGGCUGGGGAUGUUGGACAGCAGCGAGGCUGAGACGCGCGCGGCGGACGCUUCAGGGAACUCCGACAGCGACGCGGACGUCUCCCUGGACAAGAUCAAUCCCAUCACGCAGAACGGACAGCAUAAAGGCCUCCCCUGCUGAGCCAGUGCAGGGAGCUGAUGGCUCUUUGUGUGUGCGUGUGUGUUUGUGUGUGCGCGUGUGUGUGUGGGGAUGGAGGCGGGCAAUGUGCACAGAGGCCGUGGGAAAGGGGGUUUCACACAUGGCGACGGUGAUGUCCCCAAGGAGUUAGAUAACGGAGCGGACGUUACAGAACAGGACAUCUUGUUGAAAAUCACUGAGGAACCUUAACAAUUUUUCCAUGGAACCUAACCGAAUGUUUAAAAAAGUGAAGGCACUUUAUUCUGGAUAUAACUAUCUGCAAAAGACAUUCAGCAUUUAUUAUAGUAUUAUACAAUGCAGAUUUGCUGAUGAAAUGUCAUGAUUCGUUUCCAAGAUGCAGGCACAUAAUGUGUCCAUCUGGUAGGAUGUACAGUUUUUGGUGACACCAAAUCUAUCCUGGAGAGAUUUACAACCAGUAUUUACAACAGAGGGCGGUGUAGUAAUAAUAGCUGUUUGUGUUGUAAGUAGCAGCUUUGUGUCUUUCAUAUUCUCAAACUAAAAGAGAGCCAUCUGGGUGAACUGACUUUGUACUGUGUGUUUAUUAGGGGCAGUCUUGCUGGGUGAAAUCUGAAUGUUGAAUUUAUUUGAGAAGUCUAAUCAGACUCAAAAGGAAUGUUAAUUUAUGUUUGUUAGACUCCUGUGUCCAAAAUACUAAUUUGAACAAAAUACGGAACGGAAAAUGUGUAAAUACAAGGGAAAAUCCACAUUUUCUAUUUUCUCUCAGUGUUUAUGAAGUGGCCCCGGGCCAGGAAUCUCCCCUUUGGUUCACUCAUGUUUUGAGGCCCCUGGCCGCGUUCCCAUAUAUCUUUUAUACUUUUUUACUUUCAAAUCUCAUCCCCCUUUGCUGUUAUAUCUCCAGAUGUCCAACAAUCGUGACAUUAUUUGCAAUUGAGUUUGGUGUGUAUGCAGUGGCCCCGGGCCAUGUACGCUCGUGUGUGUUUGUAUGUGUGCUUGAGCAUGAGGAAGUGUGAUACUGGGUUGGUGUGUGUGUUUGUGUGUGUGUGUGUGUGUGUGUGUGUGUGUGUGUGUGUGUGUGUGUGUGUGUGUGUGUGUGUGCGUGUGUGUGUGAGCACAUAAAUGGCAGAAGGAAAGACGUAUGAAUUAUACAUUAGCAUUUGAGUGCUUAAAGUUGAGGCAUGUUUAAAGGCAUUUCAAACCCUUCCCUGCCUCCCUGCUGUGCAUCUAUAGAGGGGCUCACACGCCAAACUGGUUAUCCUCCUCCGUCCCUCCUUCCUGUCUCAUCUGGUCUCCUAGCCCGCUCUUCACUCCACAUCUCAGUCCCCUCCUCCUCCUCUUUCAUCGCCCCCGUCUCCUCUGUUCCCCUCACCAAUCCUUUCCCUUUAUCUCCUCUGGUUUCCUUGUUUCCUCCCCUUGCCUCUUCUCCCCUCUCCCCUUUUUAAACUCAACUUAUCCUUCCCUGCUCCUAUCUUCAGCCACUCUUCAAACUGUCUUAAUUGAAUGGAUCCUGCUGUCACCCCCAUCCAGACUCCCCCCACAGCGAGAUCUUUGAUCAAACUCUAAUUGAAUACCAGACGCUUGGAACGAGUCCUGUCAAAAUAAUCCACGAGGGUUGUACAACUCCGUUCUGCGGUAAUGGCUUAAAACUUCGAACUUAAACUGGAGUGGACACGCACACAUUUCAACAAAAUGGAUGAUCCCAGCCAUCGCUGAGCCAUCGCGAAUGUCAAAUGACCAUUAAUGCUUAAUCUACCAAACUACCACACUUGUAGUUUCUGUUGUUGGAAAAUGCUCCCCCCCCCCCAUAUCAGUGGGCAGCUUUGUCUGACAUGGGUUAUUUGUAUACCUGACAGCUGUUAAGACCGCUCCAAGCUGCUAUUUAAAAUAUUGGCAACCACAUCACAGUGAACCAAAAUGAAGACUGUGAAAGUUAAUUGGAAAUAUUAUUUGUCACUCUCUGCUCUAAAGCAGCUGUUGUUGGAAAUAGAAAACAUACACAGGGGAGACUGGGCCUGUCGUGGUGGUAAUCGCAGGAUGGCCGUUUGCUUAUGGGUUAGUUUAGGUUUUUCUUUAAAGUAAUUCAGGCUUAUUUCCCUGUUUGUCGUCCAUAUACCCUCAGGGUUCAAAACAUAGCCUACUUAUUCGCUAACAUGAAAAUAAAUCAGAUCUUUGCAAUUCUUAAUCAUAAUAAUGAGAUGUUCUGAGCAUAUCUGCUAUCAUUAGCAGAGGCUACAUGGAUGAUGCUGCCUUGAAUGACACACAAAACCAUUCUAAAAUGUUUUUGCCACCUCUUAAGUUAAUGGCUUAUCAACUUCAUCAGAGCUUUUCACUUAUCAAUAAUUCCCUCUUGCUCUGUGCCUAAUGGCGCCCUAGGUCCAGCAGCCAGGGGACACUGGUUUAGGGCUGGGUUAUCCAUCACUGUCAGGAGUCUCAGGACUAAACCAAUUAGAUGUCCUCCUUUUGGAAAAUGAAACGCCUUUGACUCGAUGCGUGGGCCUAUCAGGUGACACCAAUGCAACUGGUACUUCUUAGUCUCAGGUCUUCUCAGUCUCCCAAUCCUUUGUGGAUGCACAGCUGCAGCUUGACCUGAAUGCUACAUUUGGCUCUUCUCAGAACUAAAGAGGGGGUCGCUGCUGUAAGCUCCACAUGUCACUGAGGUUUCUGUCGUCUGGUUUGGUCUGAAGUGCUCGGGUGUGUGGCCCCUCCGUUUUGACCUGUGGGUUUAAGUCACUUUUGACCUCAUCAACUCGGACUCUUCCCGCUGCGCUCAUCCCCGGCCUCACCCCCUCACCCCCUCACCCGCCUCAUCGCGUCAGCCCCUCACCCCUCUCCCCCGCGGCCCCUCCCUGAUGCAUCCUACCAAAAUAGAAGUCCAAGUCAUCUCAGAUCUAUAAUAAGAUCUGGAGCGGACAUAAUCUGUCAAGAUUGGCAACUCUGCCCUGGGAAAGAUGUUUACAGGACUGUUUUUGUUUGCUAU